AUGGGACAGCGCUGGGGCGUUGUCGUUGCUGUGGCUUGCAGUCCAUCCCGUGUUCUUCUCGACCAGCCACUCCCGGUUCCGCAGCCGCAGUCCGGCGGAGCUGCGUCGGAGUACGUUUCCGUGGCUCGGGCGCUGAAAGUCGACGCCUCGCUCGCCGUGGCGCAAGACUUGUCGCUGGGGACGGCGGUGGCCGCGUGUAUGAGCCUUCUGGUGGCGGCAGCGGUGGCGGCGGCCGGGGUAAAUGGCGACAGCGGCAACGAGCAAGACGAGCUGGCAGCAGCAGGCUUCCCGAAGUCGCUUCUACCCGUGGACUAUUCGAAGGCGUUUUCGGCGUUACAGGAUGACGGGGACAGCCCCCUGGACAUGGUCACUGCCCUCGCACAGGAAUCGCUGGUAAUCCUCGAGCGCGUCCUGACGGAAAACACCUACCAUUCAGAGUCCGUCGGCAGCGGCACCCCCAGCGACGGCACCCCUUCAUUCGCCAUGGCGGCGCCGGGGUCGUCAGGCUCAGCCGCGUCGGCGGUGGUGUCCGGGGCGGCGGCGCUGUUGUUGCGGUCGGCGGAAGCGGGGGGGUUCGUCACCGGGUGGCCUUUUGUGUCGGGCACUUCGGGAAGCGAGGUCCCGUCGUUCGCCCUGGUAGCCGCGGCGCUGUCGUCCUUCCCCCCCCGCCGCCUCGCCUCCGACCCCUCAUCCCGGGACCCCUGUGCCGAGCGACUCCCCGCCCUCGCCAACUCCACGCUGGCAUCCCUCGUGCGGAGCGGCUUCCCCUUCAACGGCGACGCCGCCUCUGCGCCAAUGGCGGCGGCGGCGGCGGCGGCGGCGGCACCGCCGGUCUGGGCGGGGGUACCUACGGCCGCCGGGCCUAUCGGCGGGGGCGGCGGUGGGGUUGUUCGGCCCCUCGCGGAUUCCCUCAGCCCCGACGACGCGUACCAUCUGCGGCAGGCGCUGGUCGCCGCGAUGUCUUCACAGAACCCCGACGAGCCUGUGGGAGGUGGCGGUACCGCAGUCGAGGAGAGGAGGGCGGCGGCCCUCGGCCUCCUCUUGUCCGCGGUCAAGGAGCAGCCGGCGUUGGUAGUGGUGCUGUUCUGGGCGCAGCCGACGCCACCGCGGAAAGCGGGGGCGACGCCGAAUGCGUUGUCGACACCCUCUCCCCCUACCGGUGACGGGGAGACGGCGGCUGUUGUGGGGGGCGCGGCGCUGUCGGGGGCGCUUUUGUCGGUGCUCAAGGCGCUUUCGGUCGAGCUGGCGGACGGGCAGCGCGGGCUUGCCGGCGGCAGCGAGUCGUUGGUGAUGGCGCUGGAGCUGGUGUUGGGGCUGUGGCACGCGGAGGGCGUGGGUCGUCUGGGGCAGGCGGUGUUCGCAUUGGCGACCAGCGAGGAGUUCUGGGUGCUGCUCACCUCGGUUCUCAUCCAAGACCUGUCGUGGGACACGAGGUCUAGGCACGCGGGCGAGCGGGGGCGCCGCGGGGCGACCCCUUCAGGGGGGGGGGGAGCGGGGACUCGACGGGAGGCAGACGGCGCGGCUGUGCCACACGCUUCGUUGCCACGGCAUUGUCCUCGAGGAAACGGCGACGCCGCGGGGAAGGUUUCCGGCGGAGACGGGGGCGACGGCGGCGGCGGGGUGGAGGGGUCAAGAGCCGCGGCCAAGGCGGUGGAGGGGUUCAUCAGGACUAACAUCGAGGAGUACUUCGGCUGCUGGACUUCCACGUACACCCUCUUUAGCCUCGACCCGCGGCUUGCUAAGACGGCCAAGAAGCUGGCCUCUGAUUUGGGUAUCAGCCUGGACGACACCCUCGCAGUGCCGACGCGGGAGAGCGGGGGGCGCGCUGCUGCCUUGCGAUUGGCUUGCGAGGCUGCCAACCGGAACUGGUCGCUGGCCGAGGCCGAGGCGGUGGUUAUGCGAGCCUUCCGCGUGUUUGUCGAGGUCUGCGUGUUGCGCCGCCAGCCGGGCUACCAGGCCGCCCCCGCUCCGGCACCACCUUCAUCGUCAUCCACCCAGGCUUCUGGAAACCCCGGCGGUGCUGGCGGCAGCGGCGGCGGCGGCGGCGACCCCGGAGAAGUUUCGCCCGCGCGCACGCCUGUUGUGGUUUCUAGGGGCGGAGUUGCGGCCGGGGGAGGAGGCGGUGCGGGGGUGUUUGGGGCGGCUGGUGGUGGUGGUGCGGUAGUGGAACCCGACCGCUCUGACUUCCUUGGAGACAAGCGGUCGUUCUCCAUGGUGAAGAUCGCAGCUCACCGUCUCGCGGGGGAGAAGCGCAAGGGCUGGGCGGUCGUCAACGUCGUGGCCGAGAUGUGUGAGGCGCUGGUUUCGAUGUUGCAUCACCAGUUGCACGAGGUGGUGCAGAAGGCGCUCGAGCCAAGAAGGAGCGUGGUGCGCAGACGCGAUCCCGGGCUUGGGAGGCUAAGCCGCGGGGUCCGGGGACAGAUGAGCUCGGACGCCUGCGAUGUUGCACACCAAUUUUUCCGAGCUUGA